CGCUUAUUACAUACACACGCAACAUAACAUAUAUAAACUGAAUCUAAAAGUGUGUUAAAACAACCCAACCAACCUCAAUUGUCCCCAAUUUCCCCAAACCCUAAUGGCAGAAGCUACCACCAGAGACCUCUUGCCAGUCCCUCAGCCACCCGAUUUCCACCCCACAAUCACCGUGGCGCCGCCGUCUCACGACGGCCUUCACUUCUGGCAAUUCAUGGUCGCCGGCUCCGUCGCCGGCAUGAUAGAGCACAUGGCCAUGUUCCCUGUUGAUACUGUCAAGACCCAAAUGCAAGCACUUGGGUCUUGUCCGAUUAAGUCGGCGUCUCUUUCGCAGGCGCUUACAACGAUUCUUAAGUCUCAGGGGACUGCUGGGUUGUACCGGGGGAUUGCUGCCAUGGGUCUCGGCGCUGGCCCGGCUCACGCUGUGUAUUUUUCGGUUUACGAGAAUUUUAAGAGGAGGUUCACGGUGGAGGAUGGUGGUGGGGGUAAUGCGUUGGGGCAUGCGGGGGCGGGGGUGGCGGCGACGGUGGCGAGUGAUGCGGUGUUUACGCCGAUGGAUAUGGUGAAGCAGAGAUUGCAGUUGAGUAGUAGUCCGUAUAAGGGGGUGGUGGAUUGUGUUAGGAGGGUUGUUAAGGAGGAGGGGUAUAGGGCGUUUUAUGCGUCGUAUAGGACGACGGUGUUGAUGAAUGCUCCGUUUACGGCUGUGCAUUUUAGUACUUAUGAGGCUAUGAAGAAGGGGUUGAGUGAGGUUUCGCCUGAGAGUGCGGAGGAUGAGAGGUUGGUGGUUCAUGCUACAGCUGGGGCGGUUGCUGGGGCAUUGGCAGCUGCGGUGACCACUCCGCUUGAUGUGGUGAAGACUCAAUUGCAGUGUCAGGGUGUCUGUGGAUGUGAUAGAUUCAAGAGUGGUUCAAUAAGAGAUGUCGUCGAAACUAUACUGAAAAAGGAUGGAUACAUGGGAUUAAUGAGGGGAUGGAUGCCCAGGAUGCUCUUCCACGCUCCUGCUGCUGCUAUUUGUUGGUCUACAUAUGAAGCAGGAAAAGCGUUUUUCCAAGAUGUCAAUUGUAGUAGCAAUAUUAGCAAAGGUACCUGAGGCAUGAAGAAUGGUAAUAGUUUCUUCUCUGGCUGUUAUGUCCACUGAUACUGUGAAUUACUAGAAGAUCAAAUAUAGAUGGUGGUCAAGCAAAUCGCAUGAAUAAUUUCCCAAACCUUCCUCUUGUCGGCAUAACCAUGGUGAUGAGCAGAUAACCACAGUGAGUUUGCUUCUAUUUAUUUGUAAUCUAUAAGCUGUUGUCCUCGUAAAUUCUUAUUUAUUUAGUGCUGGAAUAGCAAUAUAGGUGUUCUAUUCCACUUUCCUGCCUCGGAAAUAUUGACCUUGCAAAGAUUUAGGCUUACAAUUUUGAUUGUUAAAAGUUGUUAAAGCUUCAUCUGUGAAGUGGACAACCCAAAUUUUGAAACAUCCUUGAGCUAUGUUAAAUGAUUGGUUGGAAUAAUUAUGGCAAGAAUGGAAUGCACUUUACAUACUUA